AUGACGAACAAUACGGCUUCCACAAGAUGGGCCAAUAGGGGUCAGCGCCCCGUGCGAGUUGCUAAUUGUUCGGGAGCCAGAGGCGAUCCUGGAUAUCAGAUGCUCCGGCAAGCAACGCUUGGAGAUGUGGAUUUUAUUACUGGAGACUAUUUAGCAGAAAUGAAUCUUGCGGAACAUGCGGAGGCGAUGGCUGCUGGUCACCAUGCCGGAUAUGAUCCGUUUGCAUGGGAUGGGAUCCAGCAAUCUAUAGAUGUCAUCUGGGAAAAACGGAUCAAGGUCAUUAUCAACGGCGGCGCUUUGAAUCCCAAGGGGUUGGCUAUUGAAGUGCAAAAAUUGGUAAACAUCCGCGGAUACGACCUUAAAGUUGCCUACGUCUCUGGCGACAACCUCCUAAACGAGGUCCGAGACAACUUGUCAAAAUCAGGCACUCUGCCCGCCCACCUUGACUCCAACAACUCCCAAGUCCGCAUGCAGGAGCAUACCGACGACCUCAAAGACACCAAGGGUAAACCCGUCGUGUCUGCAAAUACCUAUCUUGGCGCCCGAGCUAUUGUCAAGGGCCUAGAAGUGGGCGCAGACAUCAUCAUCUGCGGCCGGGUAGCUGAUGCCUCCCCCGUGAUCGGGGCGUCGUGGUACUGGCACGGAUGGAAAGAGACGGAUUAUGACGCGCUGGCAGGCGCCCUAAUUGCAGGCCACCUCAUCGAGUGCUCGGCAUACGUGACCGGGUCGAAUUUCUCUGGUUUCACGGAGUUCGAGACGGAUUUGUUUAUUGACCUGCCGUUUGGGAUUGUCGAGGUGGAGGCCGAUGGGAGCUGUGUAGUUACGAAGCAUGAGGGGACGAAGGGGAUUGUGAAUGUUGAUGUGGUGAAGUGCCAGUUUUUGUAUGAGUUGCAGGGGGAUGUGUAUCUUAACAGUGAUGUCAAGGCGUACACUCAGAACAUCUCGAUUGAGGCUGCAGGGAAAGAUCGGGUGAGAGUUUCAGGAAUAACCGGUGCCCCGCCGCCCCCAACGACAAAGCUAGCCAUUUUCUACAGAGGCGGCUUCGAAUCGCAGCUUCUCAUCAAUGCAACCGGUUACGGUACUGACAAAAAAUGGGAGCUGUUCGAGAAGCAAAUACGCUUCGUGCUGGCAAAGCAAGGUUAUUUGGAUAAAUUCGAUUUUUUGGAAUUUCAAGUGGUUGGAACCCCGGCCGUAAAUCCGUCAAGCCAGCUCAAGAGCACGACAUACUGUCGUGUAUUUGCGCAGGCCGGGGAUAUGGAAACGGCAAUGGCACCCCGAAAAGCGAUGAGUGAAGUUACAAUGCAGCACUUUUCGGGCCUCCAUCUAUCCCUGGAUCUUAGAACCGUUAUCCCGCGCCCCUACCUUGCCUUCUACCCAGCCCUCUACCCUCAAAACUCCCUCAAGGAGGCUAUAAACAUCCUCUCUCCCACCCCAUCAAGCGACGGUAAAGAAAUCACAACCGCCUCCUCAAUUCCAGCCGGCAACCCACCCAAAUACGAGCCCCUCGAGCCGCGAAAGAACUACGACACCGCCUCUCCACUCGACCUAGCCACCCUGGGCGAAACCACACGCAUGCGACUAGGCGACAUUGCCCUCGCACGUUCAGGAGAUAAGGGCGCUAACAUCAACUUCGGCAUCUUCGUCCGGUCUGCGAGUCAAUGGGACUGGUUCCGGAGCUUCAUGAGUCGGGAGAAGAUGCGGGAGUUGCUGGGGGAGGACGAUGAGGAGUAUUUCAUUGAGCGGAUUGAGUUUCCGCGGUUGCGGGCGGUGCAUUUUGUGAUUUACGGGAUUUUGGGGAGGGGGGUGAGUAGUUCGACCAAGUUGGAUUGUUUGGGGAAGGGGUUUGCGGAUUAUGUGCGGGAUAAGGUUGUGGAAGUUCCGGUGGAGGUUUUGGGAGGGGGAAAGCUGUAA